GGAGCGCACGCUUCAUCGACAGCUCGCGGGGCAUGGAGAGUCCUUCCAUGGCCGGCGCGCCUGGCACCAGCGACUGCAGCCUGAGAGUCGGUGGGGACGGGGAAGACCUGCACGAUGCAAAUCCUGCCCUGUGCUCGCUGUCUGGGACGGAAGGAGACACGGAGGAUACUCUCUCUGAACCUGAGCAGCCGACAGCAGCAGCAGACCAUCUUGGCGUGAGAGGGCCCAUCCCUUUGGACGACGAAAACCGUGAGGGCGGCGGCCGAGACCAGGAGCCCCAAGAACAGCGGGAAGAACCGGCCCCUGCGGCCACAGUUGCGGCUGCGGCCGGGCCACAGAUGCCAGAGAGGAAGCGCCGCUGCCGCACCACAUUCUCCGAGUUGCAGCUGCAUGAGCUGGAAAGUCUUUUCCGUCGCAAUCAAUACCCCGACAUGUUUACAAGAGAAGAGAUUGCAACACGCCUGAAUUUGAAUGAAUCCAGAGUGCAGGUUUGGUUUCAGAACAGAAGGGCCAAGUGGAGAAGAUACCAGAGAACUCUGAUGUACAGAAAUAUUGCCCCCUUUGUGAUCGGCGCUCCAAUGGGGGUAGUCCUUGAUAGGUUCUACAAUGGGUAUCCCAUUGUAGAACCUGCGUGGAGAUGUGUUCCUGUGGUGCCAAGGCCCGUCAUGCUGCCUGGGCCUCCUGUGGCACACGGGCAGCCUCUGCAACCCAUGCCACACAUGAUGCCUAUGCAACCUAUGAUGCCCGCGCAGCCCAUGAUGCCGAUGCCACCUGGGCCACCCAUGAUGCCCGAGCCACCCGUGAUUGCUGUGCCACCCAGGCCACCUAUGCCUCACUAUGAUCUGGCCCCUGUAGGCAUGGCCUGGACCCCUGUUGUCAAUGGUCAUUUCCCAGGCCCCAUUUUCUAAAGUGUGUUUGUUCUUUAUGACAGUUUUUUCCAAAGUAUUUUUUCUGCGAUAGCAAUUGUGUAUAGCAUAACAUCCAGAGCAGUUCAUCAAAUACCUGUUGAAUGAAUUCAAUGAGCAAAAUUAAAAGUGCCUGUUGGUUUUGUAAGGCACAGUGUGUUUUCAAUAAAGA